AUGACCGUGGUAAGAUGCGCUCGGUAAUCGAGCUGUUGUGUCUGUUCUCUCUGUUUUUCCUGUAGACGGCGCCUUGCUCCCCGGUCUGUUGGAAGGCUUUGUACGGAGAUCAUGUCGACCGCGCUGGAAAGCUACAUUAACAGGACCGUAGCAGUUAUAACGUCUGAUGGAAGAAUGAUCGUGGGGACACUAAAAGGAUUUGAUCAGACGAUCAACCUAAUCCUUGACGAGAGUCAUGAACGGGUCUUCAGCUCCACUCAGGGGGUGGAACAGGUCGUGCUGGGCCUGUAUAUUGUCAGAGGAGACAAUGUGGCUGUUAUUGGAGAGAUUGAUGAGGAAACAGAUUCUGCCCUGGACCUUGGAAACAUUCGUGCUGAGCCUCUCAACUCCGUGGUUCACUGAUGAUUCUAAGCCGUGCCAGGGACCUUCCAGCCUGUGUUGUUGUAAAGAUGAUGUACUUUGUAACAGUUUAUUCUGUAAAUUACUCCGUAUGCAAGGAUGUGGGUUUUUUUUUAAAAGCAACAUGACCAUAUAUUUUCAAUAAAUGCUUUUAAAUGUACCUGUAGAAUAAUGGUAUGAAAAACAUACAGUUUGUAAUUUUUGCAAAUCUCCAAAAGUCCUUACAUGUAACCUGUGGAAUUACGUUUUCUGAAUAACAGUCCAAAUUUAAAAAUACAUGAAUGGACUUUUGCUUGAUUUAAUUUUACCAAAAUAAACAUUCAA